GUUGUCUUCUCCCGAGCUGCUGUCGCGCAAGGGUUAGGGCUUGGGGGGGGGGACGGGCGGGAGAGGAGGAGAAGGCCGCUGCGGAGGCAGGUGUGAGGAGGAAGGAAGCGGCGGCGAGGCGAGCACAGCAGCUAAGGCGGCGGCCCGGUUCCUGGGAGUGUCGGUGCGGCGUGGUGGUUGGGGCGGAUCCCGCGGGGCCCGGGCGGGGGAAGGAGUCACCGGCCCGGCCAUGGCGGACAGCGAGAAACUGGACAACCAACGGCUCAAAAAUUUCAAGAACAAAGGCCGCGACUUGGAGGAGUCAACUUCUCCGUUGAAAAAAACACCCCCGGCGUGAGAGGCCAUCCUGGUGAUGCUAACAGUGCCUUCCAGCGGCCUGUGUUUUACUGUGGAUAUAGUUGAUUCAAGAUGUGGCUCACGGUGUGCCCUCUUCUAGGCAGAGGAUACCCCUUAUUUCAGCUUGUUCACAAAUCUCUUUACCCCCUCCUGAGAGACCAGCAGCUGCAUUCUUACUCAUAAAGUCCAAAGGGUUAUACAAAGCUGUCAUCCUCUAGUCUACAGUAUCCUUUCCCUCCACCUGCAGGUGGUGGUAGUGGGGGAUGGGUGGGCUGUGGAAUGGCACCAUCACAUUUUUAUUAUUUUAAAAGGAUGAAAAAAAACCCUUCAUUAUCUUAGGUAACAGCUGCUCCUGAGGUUCUUAGGCUACAGAAGGUGUGCAGGUUAAACACACACACAAAUCACAGAUUUUUGAUAGAAGACUUCUUCCCUUCAGUUUUAAGAGUCUAGACCAUGAGAAGACAACGAAAUGAAGUUGUAGUUGAAUUAAGGAAGAAUAAAAGAGAUGAACAUCUUUUAAAGAGAAGAAAUGUACCACACGAAGAUAUCUGUGAAGACUCUGACAUAGAUGGUGAUUAUAGAGUGCAAAAUACCUCUCUAGAAGCUAUUGUUCAAAAUGCUUCAAGUGAUAACCAAGGAAUUCAGUUAAGUGCAGUUCAGGCUGCUAGGAAACUUUUGUCCAGUGAUCGAAAUCCACCAAUUGAUGACUUAAUAAAAUCUGGAAUAUUGCCUAUUUUAGUCCAUUGUCUUGAAAGAGAUGACAAUCCUUCUUUACAGUUUGAAGCUGCAUGGGCUUUGACAAACAUUGCAUCUGGAACCUCUGAACAGACUCAAGCAGUAGUUCAGUCCAAUGCUGUGCCACUUUUCCUGAGGCUUCUCCAUUCACCCCAUCAAAAUGUCUGUGAGCAAGCAGUGUGGGCAUUGGGAAAUAUCAUAGGUGAUGGGCCACAGUGUAGAGAUUAUGUCAUAAGUCUUGGAGUUGUGAAACCUUUACUUUCUUUCAUAAGUCCAUCUAUUCCUAUAACAUUCUUAAGAAAUGUUACUUGGGUUAUGGUCAACUUAUGUCGCCACAAAGACCCACCACCCCCAAUGGAAACCAUUCAAGAGAUUCUUCCAGCUCUUUGUGUUCUAAUUCAUCACACAGACGUAAAUAUAUUGGUAGAUACAGUCUGGGCACUCUCUUACCUUACUGAUGCUGGCAAUGAACAGAUACAGAUGGUAAUAGACUCUGGAAUAGUCCCUCAUUUGGUUCCUCUGCUCAGCCACCAGGAAGUUAAAGUUCAGACAGCAGCACUUCGAGCUGUGGGCAACAUUGUUACUGGAACUGAUGAGCAAACGCAAGUAGUUUUGAACUGUGAUGCUCUUUCACACUUUCCUGCACUUCUGACACAUCCCAAAGAGAAAAUUAAUAAAGAAGCAGUGUGGUUCCUCUCUAACAUCACCGCAGGAAAUCAGCAGCAAGUUCAGGCAGUAAUUGAUGCCAAUCUUGUACCGAUGAUAAUACACCUUUUGGAUAAGGGAGAUUUUGGCACUCAGAAGGAAGCUGCAUGGGCCAUAAGUAACUUAACAAUUAGUGGAAGAAAAGAUCAAGUGGCCUACCUAAUCCAACAAAAUGUUAUCCCACCUUUUUGCAACUUGCUGACUGUAAAAGAUGCACAAGUUGUGCAAGUAGUACUCGAUGGACUAAGUAAUAUAUUAAAAAUGGCUGAAGAUGAGGCAGAAACCAUAGCCAAUCUUAUAGAAGAAUGUGGAGGACUGGAGAAAAUUGAACAACUUCAAAAUCAUGAAAAUGAAGACAUCUACAAAUUGGCCUAUGAGAUCAUUGAUCAGUUCUUCUCUUCAGAUGAUAUUGAUGAAGAUCCUAGCCUUGUUCCAGAGGCAAUACAAGGUGGAACAUUUGGUUUCAAUUCAUCUGCCAAUGUACCAACAGAAGGGUUCCAGUUUUAGAAAGAUGUUGUGGAAGUUAGGUACAAUGCAGCACUGAGAUAUAUAUAUAUAUAUAUACAUAUAUAUAUAUACAUAUAUAUAAAAAGGUUUGAUCCAUCAAGCUUGGCUCAUGGGAUCUGCUGCUGCAUUAAAUCGGGAAAGAAAAUGUGAAGAUUUCAUUGGGAAUCACAGAAAAUGCCCAAAUGAAGUCAAGAUGGCGAGUGGGUGCGAGUGAGAAUGAGUGGCAAAAUGUAACGAAAACUUUACACGAAUGCUUAUUUAGGUUGUUCAAAGUCAAAAGGGCUACAGGUCACAGAUCUUCAGUGCCUGAGAAGGAAAUUGACUUACUCUAUAUCAAUUGAGGGGAAAGUGCAGUACUGUCAUCUUCAAGCCUUGUAAGCAUAAAAGAGAAUAGGAUGCCCAUAUAAGUCAAAGGAAAAUGAGCCCAGGCCUUGCUAUGAAGCAGUGUGUGAAUGGACAAUGUUGAAUGAAUGUCUGGCUCAGUGAUACAGAGCCAGGUUCAUCUUUCAAAUCUAGGGCUCUUCAUUCAUGAAGCAGACUCCUAGUCCUGGAGUGACUGUGUACGAGAGUGUGGUUGUGGUGCUGUAUGUGAACGCAUGCAAGCUUGAUUCGCCUUCAGGGGGCUGAUAACAAACCUAGUAAAUCAUCAAAGUGAGAUCAUAAUAAGUGUUACUGUACACUGGACAUGAAAACAAAGACCAGUUCAGCAGCAGACAUUGGUGUACUCUGCAGCCUGUGUUUUCUAUUUCCCUUCCCUUUUCCCACCCCCCUCCUUUUUUUUUUUUUUGUUUUGUUUUGUUUUUUGUUUUUUUGUUUUGUUUUAGUUUUUGUUUUGUUUUUUGGGUUUUUGUUUUUUGUUUUUAGUUUUUAUUUACAUUACUAGUAUGGCUUUUUAGUUGCUUCUCAAGUCAGAAAACUUUCAGGAAGGUUUCCCUGUGCAUUUGCACCAGAUGAAUGUUUGAUGCUAUGAAAAGCUUUCCAUAUCAUCAAAACUAAUUUGUGUAGAUUUUUGCAUGAAAAAAAAUCAUAAAUUUCCCUCAAAAUAGACUGUGUUGCAGUACACAAGUUGCCAUAAUAGUAUAAACCAGUAAAAUGUGCUUUAAAAAGCCAUCCUUUUCAUUUUCAGAGAUAACAUAAAAAUCUUUGCAUGAGGUAAAUCUACAGCAUAGUUCAUUUUUAGAUUUUGUUGAGUCCUGUAAAGAAGAAGAAGAAAAAAGUUUCAGUUGUGGUAGAAUACCGUGCUGUGUUUAAAUGUUACUUGUUUUCAAACUUUGUUUUCUAUGAAAAUGAUAUGGAAACUUCUAAAAUGGAAUUUGGUGCAUAUGUACUGCUGAAUAAAGACCGAUGAAGAGGUUUGAGUAGAUGUACAAAUCAAGUAAUGGUUUGAACACCUUUAAUAAUAUGCCUAAUCUGUUCAAUUGUUUUAGAAUCUUUUUAUCUUAGAUGUAGGCAGCCAUGAACAAUCUAUUUUGAGCCACUUUAGGGAGAAAACUUUGUAUUUUUAAAACUUGCAUAAAAGUUAUGCAAGUGGUUUUUAUAAAUUGGAAUAAUACCUCAGUUUUGAGGUUAUGCACACUAAAUUAAAUGUGACAUAAAUUAAUUUGUACAAAAAGAACUCUUUAUAAGGUGGCUCAUUGUAGGAAAUCCUGUGCCUUCCCCUUUGAGCACAAGUGUUGCAUGAACAACAGUUUGCUAUAAGAAACAUACCAGAUUAGCCACCAUUAGCAUCUAUAUCUACUUUGUGUUUAAAAAUCAACUGGUAAUUCUGAAACACUGUAGAAUGGAUAAAAAUUAUUUUGUGAUCAUAACUCUUUGUUGAACUAGAGUAUUUUUGCAGCAUUCCUUGUCAUCAGAAACAUGGUUAAAGUUUAAAACUAGAAGCAGCAGAAAACUAGCUUGUAAAAUUUAUCCAAGUAGAGUGCAGGCUAGGCUGUCUUGGGGAAAUAAACAUUAAAACUUAAAGCAAUGUUUUACAUGGGA